AUGAGAAACGCCGUCAUCCUCGCCGCUCUUGCGAGCACCACAGCCGCUUACCCAUUCAGCGACUACCUCGACGCCAUCUUUGGCACCAAGGAGUCCCGUCAUGCUCCUCCUCCAGAGCUGAUGCCCGGUUUCGCCCCAAUCGGAACCGGCACAGCAUCUGGCAUUCCUUUCCCUACAGCAACAGGAGCGUUUCCCAUCGACGGUAUGCCACCUGUCCGUCACCGCGUCCGCAACUUGGCUAUCGACUACCAGCUCGCCCCAAGACAGGGCCCCGGAGCCGGCAGCGCGCUACCCAGCUUCUCGUUAGCGGAGCCCACAGACGGUACUCCCGCUCUGCCUACAGAAACGGAGGGAGGCUUCCCUGGCCUUCCCACAGGCCUUCCCACAGGCCUUCCCACAGGCCAGCCUGACGCUCCAUUCCCAUUUCCAACGGGUGGACCUGAUAUGCCUUUCCCAACCGGUGGCUUUCCUAAGCCACCUAGUGAUGGUCCUUCUCCAUCAGACAUUCCUUUCCCAACCGACCUUCCUUUCCCCAUGCCCACCGGUGGCUCUCCGUUCCCCUUGCCUGGUACCGGCAUGCCUGGUCUGCCCACUACAAUGCAGACUCUGACUCGCGGUCCCCAGCCUACGGGUAUGCCUGAGCUGCCUGGCUCGGACAACGGCGAGCAAGGACCUGGCGAUGACGCCCCAGGAGGCUUCUUCGAUUGGCUCAGCAGCCUGUUCGGUGGCGGCAAGAGUGAGAUGAGCUCUUAG